AAUGGCCGUGUAACGCAGGUUGGAAACCAAAGAGUGCUGUGUGUAGCUGAUGUUCGCGGAAACCUUCAAUCACUGAACGACCUUGCCAAGCAAGCGCGGGCGAAUUACGUUAUUCAUACUGGUGACUUUGGAUUCUACGAUGAGACGUCUCUUGAGCGAAUCGCCGACAAGACCCUCAAGCAUGUCGCUCAAUAUUCUCCCCUCAUCUCUGAUCAGACCAAGCGCGCCAUUGCCCAGUCUCCGCCGCAGGGCCCUUCAAUCCGGCAACGCUUCCCUGCCGAUCAGCUCCCGCUAUCCGAGUUGCCGUCCUUUUUAAACAAGAAAUAUACUUUGGACGUUCCCGUCUACACUGUGUGGGGUGCCUGCGAGGAUGUUCGCGUGCUGGAGAAGUUCCGAUCUGGAGAGUACAAGGUUAACAACUUGCACAUCAUCGACGAGGCGAACUCUCGGUUGCUUGAUGUUGGUGGUGUGAAGCUUCGAUUGCUUGGUCUUGGCGGCGCCGUAGUGAUGCACAAGCUCUUCGACAAUGGCGAGGGUCGGACAACAAUAGCAGGCGGUCAAGGCACCAUGUGGACUACGUUACUACAGAUGGGUGAGCUGGUGGAUACGGCAAACCGCGUCUACGACCCGACCGAGACCCGUGUCUUUGUCACUCAUGCGUCGCCUGCGCGCGAGGGUCUUUUGAACCAGCUGUCUGUCACGCUCAAGGCCGAUUUUUCCAUUUCCGCUGGUCUGCAUUUCCGCUAUAGCAGCUCAUACAAUGAAUUCAGCGUCAACCCUACGCUCGACCACUACCGGGGCAAGCUCGCCGCCUCCAAGGCCUCUUUCCAUGACGUGUGGGAGACGGUCAAGGGCGAGGUAGAGCCUGCUGUCGCUCAGAAUGAGGCGCAGCAAACUCUCCUGCAAAAUGCCUUGGAAAUUGUACAGAAGAUGCCGUCGGUAGCCAAUGGUGGAAAUCCGUUUGGUGGACCUGUCGGCGGCCCCAAUGUAGGCGGACAGGUGGACGAAAGCGCAUUCAAGAAUAUGUGGAACUUCAACCUCGCUGACGCCGCCUUUGGAUGGCUCGUCUUGGACAUUGAAGGUGGCAGGAUUGGAACCGAGAUGCGCGCGCAAGGUUUCAAUUUUGCACACCGU